AAAAUAAAGAAAUAAAGAAAAGAAAAUGCUAUAUAAGAGGUGUAUUUUAUUGAUUACUGGAUUAUUUUAUUGAUAACUGAAUUUACAAAACGUAAGCGUCACGUCAUUGAUCCGCAGACAUGCAAUAUGAAACGCGGCCAGCAGGUGGCACCGAGUUCGCACGCAGCCCAAACCAAUGAGUGGACAUUAUCAGCACCAUACAAACGUUGCUGGUUUAGUCCCAAGGAAGUCUCGAAAGAAAGUUACCUCAGACGUUGUAUUUUAAGUCAAAACCACAUCCAACCAUACUAUAUAUAAAUAUAGGGGUGUUCACUGACAUUUUGGUAAAGUAAGUAUCAAGGAAGAGUGUAAACACAAAGUAUGUAACGCUACAUUGCAUGCGAACUACCGAAACUCCGGUUACUCUUUCAAAACUAGUCACCACCACCCCACCCUACUACAGAGACAAACCGGUCCAAGCAGAAAGCUCCAGAGACAUCACAACCGCCAUCAAGGUGGAUGUGUAAGGUGGAAAUUCACUGCUCUUGUCAGUCAUGACUUCUAGAGGAAGACACGUCCAGUAAUUUAUCUGGGAAAAGUUGUUUUAAUUUCAGCUGAAGUGCAACCUCAUCUGCAGUCACAAUGGAUCAAAAGAAGAAAGUCUGGCCCCAUCUCCGUGAAAGGGCCAGGUUAAAUCUGAAGAUUGGAAAGAAGGGUCUGGGGAAGAAGAAAAAGACCCCUCUGAAAUACAGGAGGAGCAUUUCAGUACCAGACCUCAUGAUUAAUCCCAGUGCCAUGCUGGCUUUGCAAGGUGAUCCCAGGACACCAGGUCACAACUCUGUCUUCUUUGGAAACAUGGAGGGUUCAUGUGACAUGGAUGAAACAGCAAGUGAAACCUCCAGUGUGGCCUUUUCUGAGCGGUUAAGUCUCGCUGAUGUGCCGUACUCCUGCAGCCCCGCGCCAUCAGAAAGACCAGCUGCUGCUGACUUUCCAGUUUUUAUGGAAACUGAUGAGCUACGAAGAGCCACGACAUGGUACAUAGAUGAUUUAGAUUCUGUACAUCCUGUACAUAUUUAUAUAGAAAAACAGUUCGCACCUGUGCCUGCAGAAAGGAAAUCGCCUGCUCAGAAACCAAAGGACCCCUCAAAUAAAGUGGCAGAAGCUCUUUGUAGAGCCAGUGCAGGAAGACAGACGCCUCCAUCACGAGCUUCAGACGAAAUGUCUACACUGACCUUCACAGAGUCAGUCAGCACUACUCCAUCUCCAUCUGAGGAGAAAGCCUACAUUUCAUGUCCUACUGAGCUCGUGCCGUCCUCUCCAAUGGAAAUGUUCGUUGCAGGGUCAGCUGAGGACAUGGACUUUCUCAAUGAAACCAGUGAUUUUGAUACGCUUUCAGAACCAGAACGAAACAUUCCACCAGGAUUAAAUGACAGUCAGAGUCAGUUUGCUUUAGCACAGCAGAAGGUCCAGUAUCUCCUCACCAUCAACCUAAAGGAAGGCAAAAACCUGGUUAUCAGAGACCGCUCAGGUACAAGUGACCCAUUCGUCAAAUUCAAAUUAGACGGCAAAAACAUCUACAAAAGCAAAGUUGUGAACAAGAACCUGAAUCCCAUCUGGAAUGAAUCGUUUUCCUUUCCCGUCAGAGACCUCGAUCAGACUCUUCAUCUCAGGGUAUAUGAUCGUGACCUAAGAUCCAAUGACUUCAUGGGAUCAUGCAGCUUUCCCCUCUAUAAACUGGAGUUGGACAGAAUAAUGCCAAUGACACUAGCAUUGGAGGACCCCAACAGUGCCGAAAGUGAUAUGGGUGUGAUCAUUCUCGAGGCCUGCCUGUCCAUCCGAGAGGAGCCUGCCAAACGAAAUAAGUGGCUUCUAAGAAGAAAGGGAAGCUUUGGGAAGGGACAGCCGAUAAGCCCGGCGCAGGUUGGGCGGCUCAUGGGUGCGCAGAAGACUCAGAUUUGGAGUGGAAUUUACACCGUCAUCCUGGUCGAAGGCCGAGACAUGCCCGACUGCGGUCAGGGGGACGUCUACGUGCGUUUCAGAGUGGGAGACCAGAGGGUCAGGAGCAAGAAUCUGUGUAUUAAGGCAAACCCGCAGUGGAGAGAGUCCUUCGAAUUUAACCAGUUCCAGGAUGCUCAGGAGAAUCUGGUGGCGGAGGUUUGUUGCAAGAGGGGCAGGAAGUCAGAGGAGUGCUGGGGAAUACUAGAUAUUGACCUGACCAGACUUCCUGUCAACCAGAGGCAGUUAUAUACUCAUGAGCUGGACCCAAACAAGGGCCGACUGGUGUUUCUGGUCACACUGACCCCGUGUUCUGGUGUGUCCAUCUCAGACGUUCAGUCAGCUCCGUUAGAUAACCCUAAGACCUUUGAGGAGAUGCAGGAGAAAUAUAGAUUGACGAAUACUCUGCGGGACUUCAAGGAUGUUGGCUAUCUUCAAAUCAAGUUAAUAAAAGCCACAGAUCUUCCAUCAACAGAUAUAAGUGGUAAAAGUGACCCUUUUUGUACCCUUGAGCUUGGUAAUAGCAAACUGCAAACUCACACAAUAUCCAAAACCCUGAAUCCUGAAUGGAGAACAGCCCUAACAUUUCCCAUUAAGGACAUCCAUGAUGUUCUGGUGCUCACAGUCUAUCAUGAUGACGGGGACAAAGCUCCAGACUUCCUGGGAAAAAUUGCCGUCCCUUUAUUAACUGUUUCUAAUGGCCAACAAAUUACUAGACAGCUUAAGAAUAACAAUCUAUCAAGGACAACCAAAGGAAACAUCACACUGGAGUUGAAACUCUACAACCCUAUAAGAGCAGGUGUGAAAACCUUCCGGCCGAAGGAAACAAAGUUUGCAGAGGACAACCCGAAGUUUAACAAAAAGCUUUUAGCACGUAAUAUCUAUCGAGUGAGGAAGAUCAGCAUGGCCAUUCUCUAUACGCUGCAGUAUAUUAAAAGCUGCUUCCACUGGGAGAACACGCAAAGGAGUAUUACAGCCUUCCUGAUAUUUGUGGUGACAGUGUUGCUUUGGGAGCUGUUCAUGUUGCCUCUCUUCCUCCUUCUGCUCAUUGGCUGGAACUACUUCCACAUCACACCAGGCAUGGCCAGCUACAGUCAGGACUUGGAGAACAUGUCCGUGGCCGAGGACGAGGACGAGGAUGAAAAGGAAUCAGAGAAAAAAGGACUGAUGGAAAAAAUCCACAUGGUUCAAGAAAUUGUGCUUACAGUUCAGAACACUUUAGAUGAAGUGGCUUCCAUUGGGGAAAGAGUGAAAAACACAUUCAACUGGUCAGUACCGUUCUUGUCGUUCCUGGCCUGCCUGGUUCUGUUUCUGGCGACUGCCAUCUUGUACUACAUCCCACUGCGGUACAUAGUUUUAGUGUGGGGUGUUAACAAAUUUACCAAGAAGCUUUUCAACCCAUAUGCCAUUGACAAUAAUGAAAUACUGGAUUUUCUCAAGAGGGUGCCUUCUGAUGUUCAAAAGGUGCAGUACAGCGAACUGAGAGCUGAGCUCGGCAACCAGGGCCCGGCGAAGAAGAAACGCUUGCGCUGAAACCCGACGGACGUGUCGGAUGAAAGGGACGGACGGCGUUUCAAGACACGGUCUGUUUAAGUCAUAAUGCCCCGUGCGAGUGGAGGAGGAGCCCCCUUGUGCCAAGCCAUCCGCAUUUCCACUGAGGUGUAUUCAUUGGCUGUAUGUGUGUGUGUAUUUGUAUCUGCGUGUGUGAGAGGGGCCCCUCCUGACAGGGCCUUUGGCCCUCGUGAACUCACAUGGUCACAGUGUCUGAGCAUAUGAAGGUAAAGACGGGCUCUACAUGUGGUCAUGCCGAAAUGCAAUGAAAUGCAUAUAUUAGAGACCAUCGUAUGUGCUUCCUGUUGCAGGGAAUAUUUAAAUGAGGGCAAUAUUUAAAUGUUUAUAUUCAUUUAACAUUUUUAUUCAAAAUCAUUUUAUAAUGUACUCUGUUUGUUUUUUCUAUCAAUCUCUAAUGUUCUGUACAUAUAUGCGGCAGAUAAAGAUGAAAUGAAGAAGAUGACUAAAAGUUUGACUUCUUAAAUGUGUUUUUCUUCUCUCACAUCCUUAACUCCGUGUUGUUUGUGAAAGAUACACACAGGAUUAUUACCCAGCCCACACUUCAGAAGAGGAUGCUGGUCACUGUUGGAGGAAAACAUCAAAGUCUGUGUGUGUCCAGAGCAGUCAGCUAAUGCACCGCUUUUGUAGUUCGCUGACAAUAACAAGGUCCAGAUGAGAGAGCUCAUCUCUCAUAAAGAGGGAGGGAGACUGAGAGAGAGAGAGUGAGUGAGUAUACACACUCCAUACCCCGCACUUAGCGUCUCCCAUUUUCAUUAAAAUCACCUCCAGUGCCUAAUGGCUCUCUACUAGACCCAUCACUCUGUAGUGUUAGCACCAGUGAUGGGGCUUCAAGUAGAGCAAAUGGAGAUUUCCUGCCUCAUCAACUUAUUUAUUCAUAUUACAGACAUAUUCCAGGCUCUCUGCUAUCAGAGAGUCAUUUUUAUAGAAAGCAACAUUGCCAAAGUGGUGCAUCUUGAAUGUUGGCAUUCGGAGCGUUGAUUUGAAAUUAAUAUUAAGCGAUUAUUAAUCAAGUUAACAGCAAGCACCUUUUCACAGUGCAGAGUUUUGUCCUUCGCCUCCAUUUACUGACAGACAGCGAGGCAGGAAAAGUUUCUUUCAAAGAAAUGUAAAACCGAACAGAAAGAAGAAACUUCCUCAGAUGUCGUCCGCUCGCCCGCUCUCCCUCAAUAAUUUAGCGAGCGAGGUAAAUAGCCGAGCGGACGCUUUGUAAAAAUAGCCGUAGCCAUACAGAUGAGCCCGAGACCCCAGCUCAGGGAGUUUGUUCAGACUGAUUGGAGUGCUCAGCAUCCCAGCCUGCCCCCCCUCCCUUCGCUCCUCUGCAGUUUGGUGCUGGUGAAAGAGCAUCGGUUGGUGCAGCGUGAAGAGUUUGAUUGGCUCUCAGGGACCUGCUGGAGCCUGGGGCUAUCUCUUUUGACAGUCUGAUAGAGACAUCACGGCACUCUCCCAGGAGCUGCCACCGGGGGUCCGAUUCAAAGCGAGGGGGAGUGGAGGUGACCCGCGACGCUCUGACGAGAGAAAUCCCACACACAAACUCCUCCGCUGGGGGGGCCACGGAGAGGGAGAGCAAGGAGGGGAGGGCCGGUGUCCCUUAGCUCAGUAAAUGAGACCCCAUCAGAUGUCUGCGUGAGGUGAAACCAAUUAAACAAUGCUUGCAGGAAAGCGCCAGUCGUCGGGUUAGCACCAAAACUUGAAAGCGAGCCUCUAAGUGGAUGUGAAGUGUUUGUGCUGGAGGAGAGCAGCGGUCUUCAAAAAUUCAAGACCGUCUCGAAAACGCAGAUGAAAUGAGAGGCUGCCGAUUGGAAUCUCUCGUAAGGAGAGGCCCGACGCAGCAUUCAUCUCCGAGAGCUCGUGUUGACAAGUGUUUUUGGGUAAACUGCCUUGAUGAAAAUCUUGUGCUUUGAUGCUUCAGACAUUUAGAAAUGUCAAAUUGUGGGGCGAAAAUGAAUGCACAAAAUAUUAGCACACCCUCUAACGUUCAGCUCUAAC